AUGGCGUCGUGCUCCGAGGCCUGUGUCCCGGGAGGAGACUCCUCUGGGAGUGAGACGGGUUCUAGCUGUCUCCAGUUUGGGGUUCGUUCCUAUCUGCACCACUUCUACGAGGGGUGCUCAUCCUCCAUGUGGGAGAGAGACCCUGAGGAUCGGGGGUUCGUCCAGAGCCAGAGGUCAGCCCUGUGGUGGAACUCAGCAGUCUGGAAGGUGUCCUUGGCCCUGGGCCUCCUGAUCCUGACUGCAGGCGUCACCAGCCUGUCAGUCGGCUCCUUCACUCCCCAUAAAAUCGAGUCGUUCGGCGAGGGGGACCUGGUCUUUGUCGACACCCAAGCCAUCAGCUUCAACAGGGGGCUGCACCUCAGCGCUGCGGCCGGCAUCGGGCUCUCCUGCCUGGGCUCGGCCCUGCUGGUGAUGGGGGUUGUUGUUUGGAUCCUGCCGAGGGCCAACUUGAAAGAGAGGCUGUUCCACAGACCGGGGGAGGGGGAAGGGAGAGGAGAGCUGCGGUCCAAGUGGAGGGGAUUUAGGGAUCCGGGGGAUGUGGUCACUAAGCCACCAGGUACCGAAGAGGGGAAGAUACCUGUCACACUGUCAAAAGUGGAAAAUGUGCAGCCCACUUCUUAAAAAGAUCCCUGCCGAGCAACAUGGCUCCAGGCUUUUGUUGUAGUCCAGGGGGCCUCAUUUACAAGAUCUUAUGCUGGUUUGUUUUUCAUCUAUUUUGAAGGUAAAAUAUGUAAUUUUAUCAAACAAAUGGAGGUCAUUUGGAUACCUGGAAAUUAGCCUCAAACAAGAUGUAGAUGAAAUACUUCAAAAAACCUAUCAGGCUUCAAAAGCACAGCUUGAUCAGAGAUUUUUAUUGUCGAAACAAACCCAAAUUAAAACAUAUAAAUGAGGCACCAAGACUUCAACCGGAGACCGUGUGGCUCUCUUGUAUUGUAGCUGUUGACUUUGUGCAGUGCAGUGCAAUAGUCUUGUAUUUAAAAAGAGUACUGUACAGUGACUAAUGUCCGCCUAGACACUGAGAGAGAGCAGGGUACUAAUGACUAAUGGUAGAAAACUCUAUUUUUACCCUUUAA